AUGCAUCUGGUAUUUGGCUCAGAUGAAGUGCAUCACAUAUUUGACCGUGGCGUUGACGACGCAUGGAGUCCUGUCCGAAACGUGGGCAUUCCUUUUAUCCCUAUCGUGCUCAUCUUUUCUCGCAUGUCGUGGGCAGACGGUGUACUACCAGCUAUACCAGUUUUAUUCUUUGCAACUCAUAACCCAACGGGAUUCGAGCCCCAGGGUACCCUCUGGCCACCAAGUGCUACGAUGACAUUCGCGGCUCUACCUUACGUGAAGAGUAUCUAUAGUGCUGUUUAUGAGAGAGUAUUUGGGAAAUUGGAGCGAAAAUGGAUUGCCGAGGUGCAGCCUCGUCGUGGCGAGGAGGAAGGACAGCAGGGGGACCAGCAAAGAGGAGAUCAAAGAGCAGCUUUAGGCAUCGGCGGAAACGGAGGAAUACUGAUGGAGAUUGACCUGGAAUUACAAAUUGGGAUGGAUGAUGACCGGCAGAAUAUUGAUGAGCCUGUCAACGCACCGGAUCCCAACAACGUGGGCCAGCAAGCAGACCAAGAUGGCCAAGCAGGAGUGCAAAAUGGACAACAAGAUCCAGAACAGCAAAUACUCGGUCGACGUCGUCAAGAACUCAUCCACGACACGAGCAACCUUGCGGACACAGUCCUCGGUGCACUGCUCUUCCCUGCGAUCUCAGCUGGAAUGGGUGGGCUCUUAAAACUGGCUUUACCAAAAUCAUGGACAGCACCACAAUCAGCAUUCGCAUCAGGGAGAGCAGGACUCUUACAGAGUCGAUGGGGCCGCAGCGUAGUCGGCGGGKGCCUUUUUGUCCUUUUGAAGGAUGCAUUGGUGCUCUAUUGUCGAUGGCGACUGGCACAGACGCAUCGCAAGAGACGAGUGUUGAAUUAUGAUCGGCAGAAGAAGAAGGUUGUAUGA